CUCAUUUCCAAGAGCCUUGGGAACUCUGCAUUAGCUGUCUCUACAGCUUGGAAUGUCUCUUCAGCACUGAGAUACAUUUAUUUCGACAUAUUUUGACAUUGUAAAAGAAGAUCUGUGUGGAGCCUGGCAAAAUCAAAGAUAUUCAAUUGCUCUUCACUUUAUCAAUAACAAUAUAUCAACCUAAUAUUUAAUAUUAGGUAUUAGGUAUUUAAUAUUUAGGUAUUUAUUUCAUGCAACACAUUCCAGUAGGUCUCAAAGAAUGUGUAAGACAGGCUCCUUUCCUCAGUUUACAAUCCAGGGGAAUAGAUAAAACACACAAUCCAAGGCAGUGUACGUCAAGGGUUAAACUCAGCUACUCAACCGGAUCUUGAAGAAUGAAUCAAACUUGGAAAAUGGAUGAGGAGAAAUAAGUUAUCAGGAAUAAAAAUAUGAGUAUGCUGGUAUUCUUCAAUUUAAAUAAAAAACUGAAACAAAAGCCAAGGAGGAGGAAGGCCAUCCAGGUGAUACCAAGACAUGACUUUCAAAACAAGGUUGGCUAUAAAGGUAAAGCAAAUAGUAACUCUUGAGGUCCUUCACACGAAGUAAGAACAUAGCACAACCAGUCCUUCAAAGCAGCCCGUGUCACUUUACUUGCAUUUCUCUCCGGUGUUUCUACAGUGGCUGGGUCAAACUAUCAGCCAGUGUGGGUCCCUGACUGAGAAUCUGGGAGCUGAACAUCUAAUGUUUGAAAUUGGGCUCCAUAUAGUUUAAAUUGUUUCCUAAAGCAAUAUCCAGCUUAGAAAACUCCAAGCGCACGAGAGAACUAGCGGUCGGCACCUCGGACCCGCUGCUGGCGAAGAAAACCGGGACGACGCUCCGACUCCAGCGCCCAGCCGACUGCGGGUUCCGGGAGCCGAAGUCGGAAAUGGGCGGGGAUUGACUUCCUUUACUUCCCGAUGACGCCAGGGACGCAGCACCGGAUCCUGGACGGCACCCUCCCGCAGACAAACGGCUGCUGCAACCCCAGCCCCGGGCCAAGUACCUCAUUUUCAUUCUGGAUAACCUUUAAGUGAAACAUAGUUAAAAUCUUACUCAUUGAAGAGCGAUUCCAGUCAGCAAAAGUCUGCAUUAAAUUGGAAAAGAAUUAUGUUGUCUUUAAACAACCUUCAAAAUGUCAUCCAUAACCCGAGAAUUCCCUAUGUUGGCACCAUUCCUGAGAAGUUGGAGCCUGGAUCCUUGAUUGUCAUCCGUGGCCAUGUUCCUGGUGACGCUGAAAGAUUCCAGGUGGACCUGCAGUGUGGCAGUAGCAUGAAGCCCCGGGCUGAUGUGGCCUUUCACUUCAACCCCCGCUUCAAACGGGCGAACUGCAUCGUCUGCAACACUCUGACAAACGAAAGGUGGGGAUGGGAAGAGAUCACCUAUGACAUGCCCUUCCAAAAAGAAAAAUCUUUCGAAAUUGUGAUCAUGGUGCUGAAGGACAAAUUCCAGGUGGCUGUGAAUGGAAAACAUACUCUUCUCUAUGCUCACAGGAUUAAGCUAGAGAAAAUAGACACGCUGGGCAUUUAUGACCAUGUGAAUAUUCACUCAGUUGGCUUUAGAUUCAGCUCGGAUUUACAAAGUACCCAAGCAUCUACACUAGGACUGACAAAUAUGAAUAGAGAAAAUGUACAAAAGAAUGGCAUUUCACAGUUUCCUAGUAAUAGAGGAGACAUUUUUAAAAUCAUACCACAAUCUGCGUACACCAAGAGCAGAGAUUCGACUGUCAAUCACAGUAUGACUUGCACCAAAAUACUACCUGUCAACUGUUUGUCAAAGGCACUGCCCUUCGAAGCAAGGUUGAAUUCCCCCAUGGGCCCUGGUCGGACUGUUGUCAUUAAAGGAGAAGUGAAUAUGAAGGCCAAAAGCUUUAAUGUUGAUCUAGUAGCAGGAAGAUCAAAGGAUAUUGCUCUACACUUGAACCCACGCCUGAAUAUGAAAGCAUUUGUAAGAAAUUCUUUUCUUAAUGAUGCCUGGGGAGAAGAAGAGAGAAAUAUUACCUUCUUCCCAUUCAGUCCUGGGAUGUACUUUGAGAUGAUAGUUUAUUGUGAUGCUAGAGAUUUCAAGGUUGCGGUCAAUGGAACACACAGCCUGGAGUACAAGCACAGAUUUCGGGACCUGAGCAGCAUUGACACAGUGGCCGUCAAUGGCGAUAUCCGCUUACUGGAAGUAAGGAGCUGGUAACCGUCAGGCGUGCUAUAAACCCCAAAUACAGAAUGGCCUUGUGAUCCUGGCUGUGUCAAAACGCACCUCACUGUUACCGCCUUAUUUAAACUGCACUUGUGUAUCAUAGCGUUAAGUCCCACUGUUGUCCCAUUGGCCCGAGGAGGAAAUUCCAGACAACAGCCACUUACAGCCAGUGAGGUGACUGCUUUUUCCCCACAUGGCCUCUUUCAAAACCACACUCAAGAAGAAUUUAGUGAGUGCCUACUGUAACACAGCCACUAACUGGCAUCGAGCACGUAUUUUCUGUCAGCACUGUGCUGGGAGCAGGCGUGCACAAGGGGUGCGGAGCCAGUGUCCCUCUUCUCCAGGGCUGCGCCUCCAUGCGCUGUCUGACAUGUUGGGUUCAUUGCUUUAAGGGUUAUGUAGCUGUUCGGUCACAUAAAAUACUAAUUUCCUGAAGACACUCUUCCUUCCCCGGUGGCUCCUUUCACAAUGAGCAUUCUAUCAUGUCCCAGUCAAGAGGACUGAUGUUGACUUUCGUCUGCCAGUGAAUCUGUAGCAUAAUAAACAUGUAGCUCUCCUUGCUGUAAGCUUUACCAAAUAAUUAUCAUGCAUAGGACAUCUGAGCACAGCAGAAAGGUUAAGACCAAAAACAAACAAAACAACCAACCAACCAAAACACAGCCCCAAAGCAAACAAACCCAUGGUGUUGACUCACUGAUGAGCUGUUGAUCUGUUUCCAUGAGUGUUGCGGUGCAGGCCUGUGUGCACAUGUGGUGAGUUUAGGGCAGAGGCUAGCUAAUUCAGUCAGUUACACAUUUGUGGGCUGUGAAACGUCAAAUGAGAUGUAGUGAAUAGGCACUAUAAGAAAGCAAAAUCUACCGAUGCAGAGGCAGCAUAAAAAAUGUUUGCGUGCAAACCAGCACUCACCUCUGCCCUUCUAAAGAUUAGUCCAGCAGUAGCAGCGAGAUCAAAAUGUUGUUCUACUUUAAGUGAUUAAAAUCAGACCUGUAUCAGCAAGUUGAACUGUUGCAUUUCUGUAAUGUUUCUAUUAUUUGAAGGGAGUUGGCAGAAGUUCCACGUAGAAUCUUUACAGGUCAGAUCUUGUUACAUUUCAAAGGUUCAGGCCUGCGGAGAAUAAGCUAAAUCGGUCAGAUCAUUUUAUCAUAUGAACUGCUGGGAAGAAUUCUGUCAUUGUUUAGAAAGAUUUUCACAACAGAUUUGGUUAGGUAUUAUUUGUAUACAUAUAUUAAAAAGCAUACCAUUAUCUUGUUUUUUUAAAAAAGUACUCAUUGUGGAAACUGCUAGCCCUUAAUUCUUUCAUGUUAAUUUACUAUGUUAAGACUCAGAAGGACAUGGAAGUGUGUGUGGGUGGAGGGGUAGUUGUAGGAGUCAAGAAAGUUCAAGAAUCCCUCUGGGUUAUUUCUUCAUAAAGAACAGUGAAAUACACAACUGAUAUACUGGAGACCAAAAGGCAUGUAGGAAGAAAAUAAAAGCCCCCUCAUACCGUUUCCUGUUAAAUCUGUAAAAAUUUGUUUUCAUUUUUGUUUUACAUGGAGCUGUUAAGACUGAUUCUUUGAUAGAAAAGAUUCUAUUUUAAAAAGGCUAUUAAUGUACUAAUGAACUUUAUCAAUACACUUCUUAAAUAGAACUAUUUCUAGCAAGUUGUAUCUCAAAAUGGGCCUUUUGCUGUAAUUCUGCACUAAAUUUCUGUAUUAAAUGAGAUCAAAGGUGACGCAA